AUGUCUUCUCCAACUAUUAUCCCCAAUGACAUUAUCGAUGAGAUCAAACGCUCGUUUGGCAGUCGACUAGUCCUUACUCCACACAAACGCGCUAGUGUGGUAAUUGGGUCCUCUGAUGUCGCUGAUCUCUUUGUUGGUUUCAUCCACAGUUGUGCUAUUAUGCCUAUGGAGAUUGGUCAAAUGGGGUUUCAUGGAAGCCUCCCUUAG